GUCGUCCUCGGUGAUGGCGGUACGUUGAGUUCGCCAUAAUCUCGGUUUUAUUUCGUUUUUGGUUUGCGCGAACAAAACACACUGUUAGCUGGUUGCAGCACAUAAGAACGAACUUGUCGUUGUGGUCUGACUUGAAAGCAUAGAUCAGGAUGACUAACGAGGAACCUCUUCCGAAAAAGGUCCGCCUUAGUGAAUCUGACAUGAAAACCCUGACUAGAGAGGAGCUUUGUACAAGGUGGAAACAACACGAAGCCUAUGUCCAGCAGCUUGAGGCAAAAUAUGCAGAUCUAAAUUCCAACGAUGUGACUGGUCUAAAAGAGUCAGAAGAGAAGCUAAAGCAGCAACAGCAGGAGUCUGCACGCAGAGAGAACAUUCUGGUGAUGAGACUAGCCACAAAGGAACAGGAAAUGCAGGAAUGCACAACUCAAAUCCAGUACUUGAAGCAAGUCCAGCAACCCAGUGUGGCUCAACUUAGAUCAUCCAUGGUGGACCCAGCCAUCAACUUAUUUUUCCUCAAAACGAAGGCUGAACUGGAACAGACUAAAGACAAACUGGAGCAAGCCCAAAAUGAACUGAGUGCCUGGAAAUUUACACCUGAUAGCCAGACUGGUAAGAAGCUGAUGGCCAAGUGUCGCAUGCUGAUCCAAGAGAACCAGGAGCUGGGUAGGCAGCUGUCGCAGGGUCGCAUCGCCCAGCUAGAGGCUGAACUCGCCCUACAGAAGAAAUACAGUGAGGAACUGAAAAGCAGCCAAGACGAGUUAAAUGACUUCAUUAUUCAGUUGGAUGAGGAGGUGGAAGGCAUGCAGAGUACCAUCCUGGUUCUCCAGCAACAGCUGAAAGAGACCAGGCAGCAGCUGUCUCAGCACACCCCGGCCACAUCGAGCAGUGUGGGUCCCAGCAGGACUUCCCCCUCUUCUCCUGGCAUGGCAGAGCUGCCCACUCCAGCGGAGUCAGUCCCAGUGGGCAGCUCCAGCGGGGCACAAGACUGCAGUCACGUCUUUAACGGCCCCUCCAACGGCAACUCUUCUCAGAGAGCCACAUCUAGCUCUGGCCCAUAUCGGGAGGGUAGCAGCGCUUAUGAGGACUAUCCAGCAUCACCCUCUGCCUCAAGCCCUACCCAUGGAAGUGGACCUAAACUCUCCAACCACUCGGAGGGUGCGGCGAGCCAGGACACUGGGGAAGCCUAUGGGACUCAGCUGAGUACAGGUUACGAGAGCGUGGACUCACCAACAGGCAGUGAAGCAUCAAUGACUCAACACUCAAACGAUACAGACUCCAAUGCUGAUUCCCAUGAGGCUGCUGCCGUCUCCAAGAGCAACAGGACAACACGUCACACUGCUCACAAUGGACUGGACUCUGCUGCAGCUGCUGCUGCAACUGCCUCGAACUCCUCCACAGGGUCUGUUUUGUAAUGUUGUUUAAAUGAUGUUGAGGUUUUUUUUGUUUUGUUUUGUUUUUUUUGUAUACUCAUGGCAAACAAAAUAAGCCACAUUUUUAGGUUUUGUUUGGAUUAAAAAUCAGAAAUACAUUUUUUUUAACCACUUCCAGUCAUAACUGUUUUGGAAUAUUUCAGAAGACUGAUUACGUUCAGCAGUACGCUAGAAGAAGUGCAUGAGAAUUAAUAUUUCAUGUUCUUUUAAGGUUUUAAAAUUUGCUUUCCAUUAGGCUUCAAAAUGAUUUACAUACCUGUACAUAAUUUGCUUACUCACUAAAACAUGCCAUUCAGCAGUUUUUGUUGUACUAUGUUUAAUUAUGUUAAAAAGCUGCAAGUGGUUUACUCACUUGCCGUGAUACUUGAUGUUAAACUUUUAAAAGGGUUUGGUUCACCCCCAUGGAAAGAGAAGAUUUUGUUACAUUCGUGAGUAACUUUUCUGAGAUGUAUCUUGUUGGAUUCAUAUUCUGAUUUCAAUGCAUUUCAUGUACUGACCAAAUAUCAAUAAAGACUUUUAAUAUGA